AUGACCACAUCCCAGAUUCCCCAAGUCAAUGACGACAGCUACCACGCAUUCUUCAUUUUUUCCAUGAUGUCCUGCAUGUACAAGCUGGCCAAAGGGCCCACUCCCGGCGACUAUCUGGCCUUCAGCGAGCCGGGCCACGACCCUCCCGAGUGGAUCAUAUACUACAAAGGCUAUCAUUCAUUUAUGAUCCUGGGAAUCGAUGCAAUGCGCCACGGGCCUCUUGCAGAGCUGAUCGAGACCGCCAGCCUCAAAACCCGCCGCUUCUUCGCCCAAUCAGCGGAGCUUGCCGAUCCCGACCCUAUUGCUGACCUGCGUAGGCUCUGCGAUGAGGCGCUCGGUAGCACAGGAGGUGGAGCACAGCAUGCUCCCUACAACGCGGCCAUCGAUAACCUCGCUCGUUGUUUCACAAUCAUGUUUAGCGGCGAGCACGACGGCGAGUUCAACCUCAUCAUCUGGGCCCUGAACAUCCCGCAAGACUUCAUUCCUUGCAUCCAGCAACGCGAGCCGAUGGCAUUGGUCAUUUUUGCGUACUUUGUAGCACUAUUGAACGAGCUUUCGGCGUGGUGGGUGCUGGAUGGUUGGGUGAACCAUCUCAUGUCUGGCAUCUGGAAUGCAUUGUCAGCCGGGAGGAGAAACUGUAUUCGCUGGCCAAUGGAGCGGACGGGAUGGCUUCCUCCGUGA